GUUCCGGAGAAACGCGCAGGAUAUAUGGCUGUUCCAACAAGUUUGUCUUGCCCUCAAAGCCGAAAGUUAACACGAUCAUCAGUUUGACCCAAGAGUCUGUCCUUUGAAGCAACUUUCUGACAGAGCCCGCUGGGUUGGGUCUCCCAGACAUCACAGGUGACUCCGUGCAGGAGGAGUACCUGGCCCAGGGCACAGGGUCCUGGCUCCUCCCCUGUCCUUAACAGAGUAGCGGGAUGCUACUCUCUGGGCACAGCUUUUCCUUUCCAGGCCUCUCCCACUUCCCUUCCCACCGGUCCCGCCCGCCCUGUCCCGGGAACAGCGCCCUGUUGCAGGGUCCCAAUCGGUCCCCCCUGGGACCAGAAGGCAAAUUCCUGCGGGUCCCAGGAGUGCCAAAAGUGCUCAGCGAGACGGGAAAUUGCAACAGUGCUGGCCCCUCGGGCCCCCCCUCCCCGAAGUAGCCUUCCCGUAACUCCCGCCCCUGGACUCCUGCCCCGCAGCUGAUUCAUAGCCGGGGCGCGGGGCCGCCUCCACACGCCGGGACAGACGUCCGCACCCGCGCCCCUGCCAGGCCGAAGAGCGGCCGGGCUCCGGAGCAGCUAGCCAGACUGACAGUCAGACCAAUGGCUUUCUCUGCGGUCCUUCAUCCAGUCUUCCUCUUGGCGGUGCUGCCCCUGAGAGCAUCCCUAACUGAAGUGCUGGGUGAGCCUUUCCAGUUGACGCCUGAGAUACUUAAUGUAACUGUUGAGUCUAAACUUCAGCAAGUGAAUUUACAGUGGACUGUCCCCAACCUUACUCAUCAAGAAUUAAACAUGGUAUUUCAAAUAGAGAUCAGUAGAAUGAAAACAUCCAACAUCAUCUGGGUGGAGAAUUACAGUGCCCCUGUGAAGUGGAACCACGUUCUGCACUGGAACUGGAGGUCUGAGAUCCCUUUGGAAUGUGUAGCACAUUUCGUCCGAAUAAGGGCAAUGGUAGAUGAUGCCAAGUACCCUCCGCAGCGUUCCUGGAGCAGCUGGACUCCCUGGGAAGAAGUUAGUGUACAAGUUUCAGUUGAACCUAAUACGUUCUUAAUAUUUCCUGAAGACAAACUGUUGGAAGAAGGCUCCAAUGUCACCAUGUGUUUGAUGUAUGGACAGUAUGUAUAUAAUAUAUCCUGUAAGUUGCAAGAAAAGCCAAUCCAUAGAGAACAGCUUGAUUCACACAUAUCAUUAAUGAAGUUGAAUAACGUUGUUUUCCGUAACAUCAGAGGGACAAACAUCAAUUGUCAAGCCAUGAAUGCUACUAAAAAACUGCUUGGUACUGUUCUCUUUGUCUCAAAAAUACUCGAGGAGCCCAAGAAUUUUUCCUGUGAAACGCAAGACUUUAAGACUUUGAAAUGUUCGUGGGAACCCGGGGUAGACACUGCUUUGGCUUGGAAUCAACAAGAUUCUCAAACCUACAGUUUAUAUGAAUCGUUCUCUGGGAGACAGGAGCUUUCUGACCACAGAAACUCGCAUACCUGGCAAAUCACCGAAGAUUCACAGGAAACAUAUAACUUCACACUCACAGCCGAAAACAACCUAAGAAAAAGAAGUGUCAACCUAAUUUUUAAUCUGACCCAUAGAGUUCAUCAAAAGCCUCCCCAUGAUGUCACCCUUGAAACACUAAGUGCUACAGAAGCCAACAUGACCUGGAAGGUGUACUCCCGUGGGGACAACUACAUGCUCCUGUGUCAGCUUGAACUCCAGCACGAAAGAGAAGUGAUACACGCACACAAUGUUUCUGUCCACGUGAGUGGGAACUACCUCUUCAGUGAUCUGGAGCCAGACACAGAGUACAAGACUCGUGUGCGCUGUGCGGAUGCCAACCACUUCUGGAAAUGGAGUGACUGGGCUCAAAAGGAGUUCACCACACCCGAGGCUGCUCCCUCACAGGCUCCUGAUGUAUGGAGACACGUUCGGUCAGAGAAUGGAAGUCAUGUUGUGACCUUAUUCUGGAAGCCACUAUUAAAAUCACAGGCCAAUGGCAAAAUCGUAUUCUAUGAUAUAGUUGUAGAAAAUCAGGACAGACCAACUGAGUCAAAGCACUACCGUAUUCCAGCACCAGUCCUUGGCAAACAACUGAGGCUUGACCUGAGUUCUUACAAGAUUCACAUCACGGCCAACAACAGCGUGGGUGCAUCGCCUGAGUCAGUGAUGGUCCUCUCUAACGAUUCUGGACAUGAAGAGGUCCGUGAAAAAAGAAUUAAAGGUACUAAGGAUGGAUUCCAUAUUUCUUGGGAGCCCUCAUCUGGAGAUGCUUUAGGCUAUGUUGUGGACUGGUGUGAACAUUCCCAGGACCGACAGUGUGACUUGCAGUGGAAGAAGCUAGGUCCCAAUACCACGAGCACCAUCAUCACCUCAGAUGCUUUUAAACCAGGGGUCCGUUACAACUUCAGAAUUUUUGAAAGAUCUUUGCAGCAAGAUGCCCAGCUAAUAGGGAGACAAACAGGAUACACGCAGGAACAGGUUCCUCUGGAGAACCCAAAAGUGAGCGUUAGUAACUCCACCUCCAAUUCCUUCAUUCUGAACUGGCCGGCUUAUGCCAGCGACUUCCAGUCUGCUUUUAUAAAAGGCUACCGUGUGUACUUGAAAUCCAAGGACAUGCAGUGUCAGUCAAAAGGGAGAAGGACGAUUCUUCCAGAUAAAGUGCUCUGUGAAUAUGACAUCGAAGACCCCGAGCAGAAGACAUUCACGGUGGAAAACCUUCGGCCAGAAUCGAUCUAUGAGUAUUUGGUCGUUCCAUACACCAGUGCUGGCCUGGGUCCCAAUGAAACAUUUGCACAGGUCACGACUCCGGAUGAGAACUCCCACAGGCUGCUGCAGAUCAUAUUACCCAUGACCCUCUGCGUCCUGUUCAUCAUCAUCGUGUGCUACUGGAAAAGCCAGUGGGUGAAGGAGAAGUGCUACCCUGACAUUCCGAAUCCAUACAAGAGCAGCAUCCUGUCACUGAUAAAAUCCAAGAAGAACCCGCACUUAAUAAUGCAUGUCAAAGACUGCAUUCCAGACGUCCUUGAAGUCAUAAACAAGGUAGAAGGCCCCAAGACACAGCGCAUAGGCUCUGGGAAAGCACACGCUGAAGACGUACCCAGUAAGCCUCUCUCUGUGCCAACAGAAAACAGUUCCUCUGGCCCCAUGCCCUGCGUCUUCUUUGAGAAUUUUACUUACGAUCAGUCAGCUUUUGACGCUGGUUCCCAUGGCCUCGUUCCAGGACCCCUGCAAGACACACCACUUCAACUUGGACUAUUGACCCCACCUGACAAGUUACUAAAUGUUCUAGGGAAAGACUACAUGAAGUCCCUGGCAGAAAGCCCGACGGAAGAAACUAGCUUGAUCUAUGUGUCUCAGUUGGCUUCACCCAUGUGUGGAGACAAGGACAACCUUGCCACAAAUCCACCCAUGCCAGUGCACUGUUCGGAGUAUAAAAUGCAAAUGGCUGUUCCAGGGAGACUCGCCUCACCUCCUCUGAGUGAGAAUAACAUCCCCACCUCAAGGACCCUUUCAGGUCAAGGUGAACAGUAAAGCUACCCACCACCAACCCAGUUAAUACACUAUAGGCACUUUUGGGGAUGUGGCUGGUACUGUGCCAACACCACAUGCCCUGGCCCCUGACCCCAGGAGCAUCCGCUAUCUGCAGCACUAAUUUAGUCUGACAGACUCAAGACCAGAGCUAUACAGCCUGGCAUUUGCCCUGAAGGCUUCCUUAGAAAUGGCGCAUGAUGACCUUGUUAUUAUUUGUUUCGGGCUCACCCUUAUCACAGCACCCCUGACGUUGACGUAGGACACUCAUGAGAGUUCACAGACCCUGUCUACUCAAGACCACACAAAGUGGCCGUGGUUCUUGGAUUUUGGUUCGCAGUGAGAAAACAUCUUCAUGUCAACUUGAGCUGAUGUUGAGUAUUUCCAGAGUAAAGCGGCUGGAUCAAAUGUCUCGAUUAAUGCCACAAGAGAAGAUUUAUUACUUUUAUUGUGUAGGCUCAACACAUUUAAUGGAAAGGUUACAAGCUAGAUAUUUGCCUUACCUUGGAAUAAGAAUUCGUAGUCACUGAUAAAGCAAAAUUAACACUGUUGGUGCCUACACUGACCUAACAGGUAGGGCAUACAAAUGGGACAGGAAGAGGCUACACAGGUCUCCUGCUGUGAAGCUUACUAUAAUAAAACAGGAUUGCAAAGAGCUCCAGACUCAGUGUCCAGUGACAGCAGCCUGUUCCGUAGACUCCAGUCUUCCUCCUUAAUUUUUGACUACCUCGAAAUAGAAAAAGACAUUUCACUGAGUGAUUCCUUUCAUAUUUAAUGCCUCCAUCCCAAAGUUGUAUCUACAUGACCUAUUUCCACACAUUGUCUGCUUCAAGAGAAUUCUGACUCACUUAACAUUCCUGUCUAAAGUCUCAGUGUUGGGUAUAAUUUAGAUCUAACUUUGAAAUAUCCCAUGGACUUUGAAGUUAGUUCAGCGUUGGCCCCGAAGCAUGUCCUUUGAGACGAUGUACUGGGUUCUAACUGUGGGCCCCACGUCAGGAUCCAACCCACUCCAGGAAGAAUGUGUAUAAACUCAUACCGAUUUUUAUUUGUUAUUCCUUAAAUACAGUAUUAGAAAUUUCCAUAGCACUUACACACAUAUGGUAUUAGGACAUGGCACACAAGAAUACCCGCUAUACACAAAUAUUUUUAGGUAAAGCAUGAACACCCAUGGAUCUUGGUAGCACCAUAGCUCCUGUAAACCAUGUCUGGAAGGGGCUAUAUGAAAUAGCCAGACACACAAAGGAGUUCAAUACCUUAGUUUCUUCCUCUUGAAACUUGUCACAUUGUAAAAUAAAACAAAGAGAGGUUCCUUUCGACUUGCUUGCUGUGAAUACGGUGAGAAGGACGACUUUGUGCACACGCAUGGGUGUUACCAGUACUAUAGCCAUAUCCAUGUGGUAUGUGGUCUCAGAACAUAGUAACACCAAUCAUGAAUGUUCUGCUAAAGCAGUCCAAUCUUUUCUUUACAUCUAACCAAGCCUUUUGAUAGAGAAAAUGUUUUGGACCUAACCUGGUCCCAGGCGGUAUCUUGAACAGCCUACUUGGGAGACGACUUUGGUCAGUCCUGCCGAAACCCUGUCUAUGAUUUUCUGUCAAUGUAUUCCCUGCUGGACAUUUGUACCCAGAAAUGUUAAUGACAUUGAUGUCUAAAUGUUUUCCUUCAUUUUGAUUUUAUUUAAAAAAGAUUCCACAAAACAUGCUCGUUCAGUCCCAGUCCAGCUGGAUUUGGUGAGCUCCCAUUAGAUCAGGCACUGUCUCAGUGGGUGGACCAACCCCUCAUGGUCCAGACUUCCUUGUUCAUCCUCUCCCUCCUCCUGCCCUUCAACUGGACCUUGGGAACUCAGUCCAUUGCUCUGAUGAGGGUCUUUCUCUCUAUCUCCAUCCGUCGCCGCAUGAAGAUUCUACGAGAUAAACAUCAGUGUGAUAGUGGGGCAAGGACAGUUCAGGCACCCUCUGCUCUGCUGCCCAAGGACCUAGCUGGAGACAUCCCCAUGGACACCUGGGAUCCCCUCUAGAGCCAAGUCUCUUGCCAGCCCUAAAAUGGCUCCCUUAAUGUAGAUAUCGUGUUCUUUGCUCCUAUAUCUGCCUUUCCUCCAUCUUCACCCUCCCACUCCCCCAAACUCUCGCCAGUCUUUCCCUUCUCCCUUCCCUCUCCCCCUCUCCCCUUCCCUCAACCUUACUCCCAUCCCUACCCCCACCCCCAUGCUCCCAACUUUUGCCUGGCAAUCUUGUUUGCUUCCAAUUUCUAGGAGGAUCUAUGUUUUUCUUUGGGUUCACCUUGUCAUUUGGCUUCUCUAAGGCUUGUGAACUAUAGGCUUAAUGUCCUUGGUUUAUGGCUAGAGUCCACUAAUAAGUGAGUACAUACCAUAUUCAUCUUUUUGGGUCUGGGUUAUCUCACUCAGGAUAGUGUUUUCUAUUUCCAUCCAGUUGCAUGCAAAAUCCAAGAUAUCAUUGUUUUUUACUGCUGAGUAGUACUCUAAUGCAUAUAUAUUCCACACUUUCUUUAUCCAUUCUUCCAUUGAGUGGCAUCUAGGUUGUUUCCUGGUUCUGGCUAUUAAAAUAAUGCUGCUAUGAACAUAGCUGAACAAAUGAUUUUGUAGUAUGAUUGGGCAUCGCUUGGGUAUAUUCCCAAGAGUGGUAUUGCUAGAUCCUGAGGUAGGUUGAUUCCCAAUUUCUUGAGAGCUGGACAGGGACUGAAAGAGCAUGUGAUCAAACCGGACUCUCUGAUUGUGGCUGGCAAAGGGGGCUGACUCAGAAGCCAUUGAUAAAGGCACUGGGACUUGUUUUUACAGCAUGUUCUGGCUUUUUGGGACCCUAGUCUAUAUGAAUGCACAGCUUCCCAGGCCUGGAUGUAGGGAGGAGGGCCUUGAACUUCCCACAGGGCAGGGUUCCCUGCCCUCUCUCAAGCAGGGAGGGGGAGGGAGGAGGAUGAGUGGGGGAGCAGGAGGGAAUUGGGAGGAGGGAAGUGUAAAUUUUUGAAUGGAAAAAAAUGGAUUAGAACCUCGAGCAAAAAAAAUAAAAAGGAUCCACAAAACAUUCAAGUUAUCUUUACUGUUUCUAUAAGGCUGACUGUUGAUAUUAAAAGAUAUUAAUGACCA